GAAAGAAGUGAACGAACUGAUGGAGGAGCUGUUCGAAACGUUUCAGGAUGAAAUCGGCUUCCCCAGCCUGGAGGAUGACGGGCUGGAGGACGAAGAGGGCGCUGCUGAGGCCCGGCCGAAUUUUAAUACCCCUCAGGUGCUCAGGUUUGAAGAACCCCUGGCCAACCUGCUGAAUGAGCAGCAUCGGACGGUGAAGGAACAACUGGAGCAGCUGCGGGUGAAGAAGUCCGCCGUCAAGCUGCCCCAGGAGAUGGAGAGGUCCAAGCUGCGGACCGAGAAGGCGGCUCAGACCCUGGCGCUGGACGCCGGGCAGAGGAAGAGGCUGGAGCACCAGAUGCAACAGCACGUGCAGCUUCUGACCCAGGUUCACCUGCUGUCCAGUUGCAACCCGAGCCUGAGCACCGAGGCCAGCACUUCCCGGCUCUUCCUG